UUCCUCGUACACUUUUCCUUCACGUUUUUAAUGGUUUUUAUAGCACUGCGGCGUUUUGUUAAUAUACUGUUUGGUUUCAUCACCGGGACGACUCUCGAUUCGAGCAGUUGCGGUGUAUACUGAUAAACCCCGACUUUAUAAGAGGCGUUGUUUAGUUGUUUGUGGAUUUUUAACUAGUACAGCAACAUGGCAGAAGCCAGCUUUUAUCAAGACAAGUUCAGCUGCCCUGUAUGUUUGGACUUACUGAAGGAUCCAGUGACCAUUCCAUGUGGACACAGUUUCUGUAUGGAGUGUAUCACAGAAUGCUGGAAUCAGGAUGAUCAGACGGGAGUCUACAGCUGCCCGCAGUGCAGACACACAUUCACUCCAAGACCUGCUUUAUGUAAGAAUGUGAUGUUUGCUGAUCUGGUGCAGGGCCUGAAAAAGACGAAACAUAGGCCAAAGCGUAAAGCUGCUGGUCCUUCUAACUGUCUCGCCGGACCGGAAGAUGUGGAGUGUGACAAAUGUACUGGGAGAAAAUACAAAGCUGUGAAAUCAUGUCUAGUCUGUCAUGAAUCUUACUGUCAGACUCACUUUAAACUCCACGAGGAGUUUCACUCUGUUAAACGCCACAAGAUAACUGAUGCAAGUGGACACCUAAAGACCAUGAUGUGUUCUCAACACGGCAGAUUGUUAGAGGUUUUCUGUCGUACCGACCAGCAGUGCGUUUGUUUGCUAUGUGUGUUGGGCAAACAUAAAAACCACAAUACUAUAUCAGCUACAGCAGAAAGGACCGAGAAACAGACACUUUUAGGAGAGACGCAAAGAAAAAUUCAGCAGAGAAUCCAAGAGAGAGAGGAUGAACUUCAGGAGGUGAGAGACGCUGUGGAUUCUCAUAAGCGCUCUGCACAGACGGCAGUGGAGGACUGUGAGAGGAUGUUUUCUGAGCUGAUCCGCUUCAUUGAGAGACGUCGCUCUGAGGUGACACAGCUGAUCAGAGAUCAGGAAAAGGCUGCAGUGAGUCGAGCUGAGGGAAUCUUGGCGCGACUGGCGCAGGAGAUUGUUGAUCUGAGGAGGAGAGAUGCUGACCUGGAGCAGUUUUCACACACAGACAAUCACAUCCAUUUCCUGCAGAGUUUUCAAUCGGUCUCUGCAGCUCUAAACUCCACAGUCUCGGGCAACAUCAGUCCUCUGCUCUCUUUUGAUGAUGUUAGAAAUUCGGUCUCUCAACUGAAAGAAAAACUGCAGAAUUUCUGUAGAGACGAGAUAAAAAGUUUGCCUAAUAGAGUUACACAUAUCAGAAUUAAUUCUGAUGAACACAAGACCAGGGAAGAGUUGCUGCGAUACGCCACUCAGUUCACACUGGAUUCAAACACCGUGUAUAAACAUCUUCGUCUGUCGGAUGGGAACAGAACAGGUACCAACACCGAUACAGACCAUCAUCAGUACCUUGAUCAUCCCGACAGAUUUGAUCACUGGUGGCAGGUGUUGUGUAAAGAGAGUGUCAGUGGACGCUGUUACUGGGAGCUUGAGUGGAGUGGGAAUGAAGGUGUGUUAAUUUCAGUGUCAUAUAAGAGCAUCAGCAGAAAGGGAAAUGGUUAUGAGUGUUUAUUCGGGGGGAAUAAUCAGUCCUGGAGUUUGCUCUGCUCUCCCUCUAAAUGCUCAUUUGUACACAACAAUAAAUGGAUUAAACUCGCUGUGUCCUCCAUCAGCGAUAGAAUAGGUGUGUAUGUUGAUUACAGAGCGGGGACUCUGUCUUACUACAAUGUUGCUAAAACGAUGACACUCAUCCACAAAGUCCAGACAACAUACACUCAACCUCUCUAUCCUGGGUUUCUUGUCAAAAACAAAUCUACAGUAAAAUUGUAGCAUCUCGUCCAACAGGAUGUGCAAAGAUUAUACAAAUGUUACAUGUAUGAUUACACAAAUGACAAAUGCCUUUAUUUCAAAGAGAAAUUUAAUGUUUUAAAGUUAAAAAGAUAUCGUGGCCAGUUCUUUAGAAGGUUAGUAACAUUUACAUUUUUUACUUCAUUUUACUUUUAGUAACAUUUUGCUACUGUAAUAUUGUUUAUGUUACAAAUGAGAAUUGUCAUUUAAACAAAUUUUGACACUUCGAUCUGCUGAAUCUUUUAAGCCGCUUUGUUUUGAGAUGUUUUCCUUAUCAUUUGGUUGGAGUGUAAAUAAGCUUUAAAUAA